AUGUCCAACGAAGUCUACCUCCUGCCUCUGAACGACGAUGGCUCUCCCGACGUCGCCGGCGAGUAUGUUUACCUCGCUCCCAAGACGAACGACCCUGUAACCAUUCGCUUCGCAAUUGAGGGCACCUCCUCCAUCUGUCGCCAUGGCAGUCUGUGGGUCAACAUUCCAGAGCAGGGCGCCGAGUUCCACAGAGACCAGUUCCGCGAGUUCAAACUCGUGCCCGACUUCAAUCGCACUAUCGAAAUCUCCAUUCCCAUCUUCCAGGCCGGCGCCUACGCCUUCUACACCACCUACGCUGAGCUGCCAGACCUCGCCGAGGAGCUGGACUCGAGCCCUCAGACCGAAACCACCAACAAAAAGACCCCGCUCUACUACAUCGAUGUCGCCCCGCGCCUCAGCCUCGACGGCAGGCCUCUGCCGCUGCCGGCCCUCUCAAUCUUCUCCGUCAUCAGCAAGUUCAUGGGCAAGUACCCGGGCGACUGGGAGAAGCACCUGCGCGGCAUCAGCGACCGUGGAUACAACAUGAUCCACUUCACCCCGCUGCAGGUCCGCGGUGCCUCCAACUCUCCCUACAGCUUGUACGACCAAUUGGGCUGGGACCCCGACUGCUUCCCUGAUGGCGAGAAGGAUGUCCAGGGCUUGGUCGAGAGCUUGGAGAAGCAGUACUCCAUGCUCAGCUUGACCGACAUUGUCCUGAACCACACGGCGCACAACAGUGCCUGGUUGCAGGACCACCCUUCGGCUGGCUACAACCUCGUGACGGCGCCUUGGCUGGAGUCUGCCUGGCUCUUGGACACGAAGCUGCUGGAGCUGAGCGACAACCUCGAGAAGCUAGGUCUUCCCACCGAGGUCAAGACUGAUGAUGAUCUGCUGAAGAUUAUGGAAGCUAUCAAGAAGCAUGUCAUCUCUGAGAUUAGACUGUGGGAGUACUACGCAAUUGACGUCGAGCGCGAUGUUGAGGCAUCUCUGGAAGCUUGGGUUGCUGGCCAGACCACGUUCCCUGACCAAGCUGCGGGCACGAACGUCACUGGACUCAAGGAUGCGCCUUUGAAGGAGCAAGCCGAGUUCCUCAUCAAGAACGGUCUCCAAGGCCGUGAUCGAAUGGGAGAGCGCUUCAGAAGAAAGAUCGACCCUAGCGUCGCUUCCGGACUCUUGUCUGCCAUCUUUGGACGGUACGAGGGUGAGGAGGGCAGCGGCCCCAGGAAGGCUGCGGCCAGGUCCAAGCUUGUCUCUGUCUUAGACGAAGUCAACCUUCCCUUCUACAAGGAGUACGACGCCGAGAUCACCGAGAUCCUGCAGCAGCUUUUCAACCGCAUCAAGUACUGCCGCAUGGACGAACACGGUCCGCGCAUGGGCGUCAUCAACAAGGAGAACCCUCUCAUCGAGACAUACUUCACUCGCUUGCCCAAGAACGACACCACCGCCAAGAACAAGCUCGAGGAGAACGUCCUUGUCAACAACGGUUGGGUUUGGGGAGGCAACGCCCUCGUCGACAAUGCCGGUCCCGAUUCUCGCGUGUAUCUCAGACGCGAGGUCAUUGUCUGGGGCGACUGCGUCAAGCUUCGCUAUGGCAAGGGCCCAUCUGACAGUCCCUUCCUGUGGGAGUACAUGACCAAGUAUGCCCGCAUGUUGGCCAAGUACUUUGCCGGUUUCCGCAUCGACAAUUGCCACUCCACACCCAUUCAUGUGGCUGAACAUAUCCUCGAUGAGGCUCGCCGCGUGAGACCCGACUUGUACGUCGUGGCCGAGCUUUUCAGUGGUUCCGAGGAGAUGGACUACGUCUUCGUUAAGAGGCUGGGCUUGAGUGCUCUGAUUCGUGAGGCUAUGCAGGCAUGGAGCACCGGCGAGUUAAGUCGCUUGGUACACAGACACGGUGGUCGGCCCAUUGGCAGCUUCGAGGUUGAUGAAGUGUCUCGUCCCGACGGCAAGUCUCCGAUGAGCCCGAUGAGCCCCUCCCAAGAGGGUAGCGACAUGCUCAACGGAGCUCCCUCCUCGAGAGAGAUCAUCAGAAGGAUCAAGCCGGUGCCAGUCCAGGCUUUGUUCAUGGACUGCACUCACGACAACGAGACCCCUGCCCAGAAGCGCGACGCUCGCGACACUCUUCCCAACGCUGCCCUUGUCAACAUGUGCGCGAGUGCAACUGGCAGUGUCAUGGGAUACGAUGAGAUUUACCCCAAGCUUGUUGACUUGGUCAACGAAACCAGACUCUACACCUCCGAGUCGUCUUCCAAGCCCGUCAAGGUCGGUGGCGGUAGAAACGGCAUCGGUGGCAUCAAGAAGCUUCUCAACCAGAUCCACACCCUCAUGGGCAAGGACGGGUACGAUGAGACUCACAUUCACCACGAGGACCAGUACAUCACCGUUCACAGAGUUCACCCUGAUUCUAGAAAGGGUUACUUCUUGAUCGCUCAUACUGCAUUCCCCGGAUACGGUAACGGCAAUGGUGCAUUCAAUGCCGUCCACCUCGGCGGAACCAGAGCCCGCCACUUGGGAAGCUGGAUGCUUGAGGUUGAUGCCAGCGACGAAGCCAAGAAGGAGGUUUUGGAUGACAAGAAGCUCCUUCGCGGCCUGCCGAGCCGCGUUGUCGAUGUCCCCGGUAUCCGCAUGGAGGUCAAGGGCGAUGAAACCAUCAUCGCCGUCCGGGACAAGUUCCCUCCUGGCAGUAUCGCCCUAUUUGAGACAUGGAUCCCGACUGCUGAGCACUCUGCAGGUCUCGACACCUAUGUGACCUCUGGUGCGAAGGCUGCCGUGGAGGACCUGAACCUCGUCGACCUCAACUUCCUUCUUUACAGGUGUGAGGCUGAAGAGCGUGACGGUAGCGGAGGCAAGGACGGCUGCUACGACAUCCCCGGUCACGGAAAGCUUGUUUACGCCGGUCUUCAGGGCUGGUGGAGCAUUCUCAAGAACAUCAUCAAGGAUAAUAACCUAGCCCACCCUCUCUGCCAGAACCUGCGUGAUGGCCAAUGGGCUCUGGACUUCACCAUCGGCCGGCUGGAGCGUGCCAGUCAGACUCCAGAGUUUGAGCGCCUUGGCAAGCCUGCUGCCUGGCUUAAGGAUCGGUUCGACGCGAUUCGCAAGAUUCCCAGCUUCCUGCUCCCGAGAUACUUCGGCCUGGUCAUGCGAACCCUCUACAUGGCUGGCUGGGAGCGCGGUCUGGAGCAGAUGAACGACAACGUCCGCCAAGGACAGUGGUUCCUCCAGAGCCUCGCCAUGGUCAGUGUGCAGCAGACGGGCCUGGUCAAGUCAGCAUCUCUGUGGCCCAAGAAGUUGGUCCCUUCGCUGGCUGCUGGUCUGCCCCAUUUUGCCGUUGAGUGGGCGAGAUGUUGGGGCCGUGAUGUCUUCAUCUCUUUGCGCGGUCUCUACCUCGGUACCGGCCGCUUCGACGAGGCCAAGGAGCACAUUUUCGCUUUCGCCAGUGUCUUGAAGCACGGUAUGAUUCCCAACCUGCUCAGCAGUGGUGCUCUGCCGAGAUACAACUCUCGCGACUCCAUCUGGUUCUUCCUCCAGUGCAUCCAGGACUACACCAAGUUCGCCCCCAACGGCCUGGACCUGCUGAAAGAGAAGGUCAAGAGACGCUUCCUUCCAUAUGACGACACCUGGUUUGACGUCGACGACUCGCGCGCUUACUCGCAUGAGAGCACGAUUGAGGACAUUAUCCAAGAGGCUCUCCAGAGACACGCUUCCGGCAUGUCCUUCCGCGAAGCUAACGCUGGACCUUCCAUUGACUCUCAAAUGAGCGACGAGGGUUUCAAUAUCUCCAUCAACGUUGACUGGGACACCGGUAUCGUGUUUGGCGGCAACCAACACAACUGUGGUACGUGGAUGGACAAGAUGGGUGAGAGCCCUCGCGCCGGCUCCAAGGGUGUUCCCGGCACCCCUCGUGACGGUGCUGCUGUUGAGAUCACCGGUCUCCUCUACAGCACACUCAAGUGGGUCGCGGGGCUCAACUCUGAGGGUAAGUUCCAGUACUCUUCCGUCAAGAAGGGUGACGACUCUUCAAUCUCCUUCAAGGACUGGGCGGAUCUCAUCCGUGCCAACUUUGAGAGAUGCUACUACGUCCCCGUUUCUCCCGACGAUGACUCCAAGUACGACGUCAACACCAAGAUCGUCAACCGACGUGGUAUCUACAAGGACUUGUACAAGUCCGGCAAGGAAUACGAGGACUACCAGCUCCGAGCCAACUUCCCGAUCGCCAUGUGCGCUGCUCCCGAGCUCUUUGAGCCGGCGCACGCCCUUCACGCGCUUUGCGUCGCUGACCAUGUCCUCCGCGGCCCCACCGGAAUGGCCACGCUUGAUCCCGCCGACCUGAACUACAGACCCUACUACCGCAACAGCGAGGACAGCGAUGACUUCGCCACUAGCAAGGGACGAAACUACCACCAGGGUCCGGAAUGGCUCUGGCCGACUGGUUUCUUCCUGCGUGCCCUGCUCAAGUUCGACUUGGAGAGAAGAAGCUCCGAUGCGGACCGUAUUGAAGCGUUCCAGCAAGUCACUCGAAGACUCAUGGGAUGCAAGCAGAUGAUCAAGGACAGCCCCUGGGCUGGUUUGACCGAGCUGACCCAGAAGAAUGGAGAGGACUGCCCCGACUCCAGCCCCACACAGGCUUGGUCGGCUGGUUGCCUGAUUGAUCUGUACAUGGACGCUGCCGAGGAGCAAAGCGACAAGGCCAAGAUUGCCUUGCCGACAAGAUCCAAGUAG